AUGCAGCAGCAGCUGAGUGCCUUUCACAGUGUACCACACAAAUGGACCAAGAAAGGACAACUGACCGCUGACCAAGCUUCCUCUCCCUCCCCUCUUCGUUGUCAUGGCGGCAAGUCCCUGUGGCCCCUGCUGGUCCUGUUGUGCCUCCUACCUGGCUCCAUCGCUGCCACCUUCAGGGUUGGGGUGGUGGGGCCAUGGUCAUGUGACCCCCUUUUUGCCAAGGCUUAUCCCAACGCAGCUGCACGGCUAGCUGUGGACCGCAUCAACAAGGACCCUUCCCUUAGAUUGGGGACCACUUUCGAUUAUGUCAUUCUGGAGGAGGACUGUGAGACGUCCCAUGCGCUGGGUCGUUUCCUUGGUUACUACACCCGAGCAUCCGGUUUUGUUGGGCCAGCCAACCCCGGCUACUGUGACGCUGCCUCGCUACUGGGGAAGAGCUGGAACAAGGCAGUGUUCUCAUGGUCAUGUGGGGGUUACGAACUGGACGAUCCCCGAAGCCACCCCACCUUCGCCCCUACCAUGCCCCUACCCACGUUGGUGCUGCUCAGCUUUAUGCGCCACUUUCGCUGGGCACACGUGGGCAUUGUCUCAGGAGCGGAGGACAUCUGGGUGGAGACAGCCAGCAAGGUGGCCAACGCCUUGCGGAGUCAUGGCAUGCCGGUGGGCAUAGUUGCCUCCAUCGGCAACGACCGUGCCAGCAUACGCAUGACACUCGCGAAAGUUAAGAGAGUGGAAGAUCUACGCUUGGUGAUCUUGUGUAUGCACUCAGUGCUGAUUGGAGGAAAAGCCCAAAAGUUGUUACUGGAGACAGCACAAGACAUGAAGAUGACAGAUGGCUCAUUGGUCUUCCUGCCCUAUGACACGCUCCUCUAUAGUUUGCCCUAUAAGGACGUGCCCCACCCAGGCCUGAGAAACAACAGCAAGCUGCUGCGUGCCUAUGACUCUGUCCUCACCAUUACUGUGGAUUCGCCGGAUCACAGUUCCUUCUACCAGAUCUACGCAGAAGCCCAGGAACGAGGGGUGCUGCCCAGAAAUGUCAAACCUCAGGAGAUCUCCCCUCUGUUUGGCACCAUUUACUCUUCCGUCCUGUUCAUGGCCAAUGCCAUGCAUAGCUUGAAGAAAGCUGGGGAUUGGUUGUCCGGUGGGAACCUGGCUCAACGUGUCCGGAAUCUGGCCUUCCGGGGCUUUAGCCACCCGAUACGGACCAACGCUACAGGCUCAGUUCUGUUGGACUACGUGAUUCUGGACACAGAUGGUUUUUCCUGGGAGCUGCGACCCACCCACCGUGUAGAGAUGGAGACCGAUAUGGUGCGUUACUUGGGUCGGCCCAUCCACUUCCCCCACGGAGGCCCACCCAGUACUGACUCCAGCUGCUGGUUUACCCAUGGUAUAAUCUGCUCAGGAGGUGUGAAUCCUUUUCUUGCUCUUGUGAUGCUCUUGUGUCUAUUUCUGAUGAUCUUCUUCAUCUUUGGCUUCUUUUACUGUGUAAGGCGACGAAUCAGUCAGAUCCGGAUGGUAAGGGGGCCGAACAAGAUCCUGCUGACCUUGGCCGAUGUCACCUUUGUCAACCCGUCGCUAAGCAACAAGAAGCUGAGCUUGGAUGACAGUAGAACCAGUGACCCGAGACGAAGCUUUUCAGAGGUGGAGCGAAGUCUCAAAUCCGCCUUGUCGAACCACUCACCUGCCACCCACGAGAAUUGUAAUGUUGUCGUACAUGAGGGAGACUGGGCGUGGCUGAAGAGACUCCCAUAUGGAACUUUCACCAACAUCACCACCCAUACCAGUGAUGUGUUUGAACUGAUGAAUGAUUUGAGACAUGAGAACAUUAAUCCUUUCCUUGGCUUCUUCCAUGACUGUGGUGUCUUCGCCAUAGUAACAGAGUUCUGCUCCCGAGGUAGCCUGGAGGAUCUGCUGCUUCAUGAAGAUGUCAAACUGGACUGGAUGUUCAAAUCCUCACUGAUACUGGACCUCAUUAAGGGUAUGAAGUACCUUCACCACAGGAAUGUGUGUCAUGCUCGGCUCAAGUCCAGGAACUGUGUUGUGGAUGGACGCUUUGUGCUCAGAGUCACUGACUAUGGUUACAACGAGGUGGUUGAGUCCCAGAAAUUCCCCUACAUAAAACCAGUAGCUGAGGAGUUGCUCUGGACAGCACCUGAGAUUUUACACCACCCGUAUCCUGGUCUCUACGGCACUUUCCAGGGCGACGUGUACAGCUUCUCCAUCGUUGUGCAAGAGGUGGCGAUGCGGGGUCCACCGUUCUGCAUGUUUGAAGAGUCUGCUGAAGAAAUCAUUGAGAAGAUUUGUAAACCUCCGCCCCUGUUCCGGCCCAUUGUAACCCCAGACCACGCCCCUAUCGAGUGCAUUCAGCUGAUGAAACAGUGCUGGAGUGAACAGCCUGAGAAACGACCCACAUUCGAUGAAAUUUUUGACCAGUUUAAGAACAUAAACAAAGGGAAGAAAACAAAUAUCAUAGACUCCAUGUUGCGAAUGUUGGAGCAGUACUCCUCUAAUCUCGAGGACCUAAUUAGAGAACGGACAGAAGAGCUGGAGGUAGAGAAACAGAAGACCGAGAAACUUCUCACUCAGAUGCUGCCUCCGUCUGUGGCUGAGGCACUAAAGGUGGCCAGUACAGUGGAGCCUGAGUAUUUUGACAGUGUGACGUUGUACUUCAGUGACAUAGUAGGCUUCACCACCAUCUCAGCCAACAGUGAACCCAUCGAGGUAGUCGACCUUCUCAACGACCUCUACACACUGUUCGACGCCAUCAUCGGUAACCAUGACGUCUAUAAGGUGGAGACGAUUGGUGAUGCCUACAUGGUUGCGUCGGGGGUCCCCAUGCCAAACGGAAAUAGGCACGCGGCAGAAAUUGCCAACAUGGCGCUGGACAUCCUUAGUGCCGUGGGCACCUUUAAGAUGAGACACAUGCCUGACGUCCCGGUCCGAAUACGAAUCGGACUUCACACAGGUUCAUGUGUAGCUGGUGUUGUGGGUUUGACCAUGCCUAGAUACUGCCUGUUUGGAGACACAGUUAAUACAGCUUCCAGAAUGGAGGCCACAGGGAUGCCAUAUAGAAUCCACGUUCAUCAUAGUACAGUAAAAGUCCUACUGGAGCUCAAUGCAGGAUACAAAGUCAGUCUGAGAGGGAGGACCGAACUAAAGGGGAAAGUCAUGGAGGAGACGUAUUGGCUCGUCGGCAAAGACGGCUUCAACAAGCCGCUGCCCGUGCCGCCGGAACUCAAGUCGGGGCAAAUGGCUCACGGCCUGCAGAUGGAGGAAAUAGCCGCAUACAAGAGGCGGAAAGCGGAACAACAGCUUGCAAAGAAGAAUAACUGA